AUGAAAAGGAAGAAGCUGCAGCAAGAUCUUUGGUCAACAGCCCAAGCUCACGAGUCUUUAAUGAGGAAGAAGGUGAGAUCACUGUUAAAAUGGCUUGAUGCUGGUCACAAAACCUGCCCCAAGACACAGCAGACACUUGUGCAUACAGCCCUUACCCCUAACUAUGUUUUGAAGAGUUUGAUUGCUUUGUGGUGUGAAAGCAACGGUAUUGAGCUACCAAAGAAGCAAGGGAAUUGUAGAACAAAGAAAUGUGGUGGCAGCAGUCUUUCAGAUUGUGAUCGAACUACUAUUGGUGCUUUAUUGGAUAAACUAACGAGUAACGAUAUAGAACAGCAAAGGGCAGCUGCUGGUGAGCUCCGGUUGCUGGGUAAAAGGAAUGCAGACAACCGAGUAUGCAUUGCUGAGGCAGGAGCAAUACCACCUCUUGUAGAUCUAUUGUCUUCUUCAGACCCUCGAACUCAGGAGCAUGCUGUUACAACGCUUCUCAAUCUUUCCAUCAACGAGAGUAAUAAAGGAGCUAUAGUAAAUGUUGGAGCCAUACCGGAUAUUGUAGAUGUACUGAAAAAUGGCAGCAUGGAGGCUAGAGAAAAUGCAGCUGCAACUCUCUUUAGUUUAUCGUUUCUAGACGAGAACAAGGUGCAAAUAGGUGCAGCUGGAGCUAUCCCUGCUCUAAUAAAGUUACUUUGUGAAGGUACUCCUACAGGUAAGAAGGAUGUUGCUACUGCUAUCUUCAACCUAUCUAUUUAUCAGGGAAAUAAAGCAAAAGCUGUAAAAGCUGGUAUAGUAGCCCCACUGAUACAAUUUCUGAAGGAUGCUGGGGGUGGAAUGGUAGAUGAAGCACUAGCUAUUAUGGCAAUCCUUGCAAGCCACCAUGAAGGCAGGGUAGCGAUCGGUCAGGCCGAGCCAAUUCAUAUUCUUGUUAAGGUUAUACGAACCAGCUCUCCACGCAAUCGAGAGAAUGCUGCUGCUGUCUUGUGGUCACUAUGCACCGGAGAUCCACUGCAAUUAAAACUAGCGAAAGAACAUGGUGCAGAAGCAGCACUGCAAGAGUUGUCAGAAAAUGGAACUGAUAGAGCUAAGAGAAAAGCUGGAAGCAUAUUGGAACUCUUGCAGCGAAUGGAAGGGGUUGAUAAUCUGCAGAGUUCAUAGUCUCAGUGUUGCUUCGUUAUAUAGCUCAUAGAUGGUC